AGAACGAUGCCUGCUAGAAGGAAAUGACUGCUUUCUAAAGCCAGGGGAAACUUCUGAAAUGCCUCGAUUAAAACAAGCUAUAUUAAAGACCCCAAAACCACUUCGCUAGCAGCUUUGCUCUGAAUGUCUUUCACAUGAAAUGGGCCUGAGUCACUCUAAGGCUCGCCCUAGGGUGAUUAAAGUAGCACCUUUGCAAAACAAAGAGGUAGAGACUCCCUCAGCUGGCCCUGUGGACUUCGCAUGCAAUCAGAAUUUGGAAGAAAAGACUUCAUAUUCACUGGCAAGACUGCAGGACCGGAAUAAAGCUUUGGAAGGGCAGCUGCCACCUUUACAAGAAACCUGGUAUGGAAGAUAUUCUGCAGCAUCCAGAGACGUGUAUUUUGACAUCCCAUUGGAACACAGAGAAACAAGUAUUAUUAAAAGGCAUCCACCCCAAAGACUGCAAAGGCUUGAACCCAUUGACUUGCCACGAGUAAUUACUUCGGGAAGACUCCUGAGCCAGCGAGAAGCCAGGACAAUGUACAAAGCAAAGCAGGUACUGGAAAAGAAAAUGCAGGUUCCAAUGUACGCUUCUGAGAACAGACAAUAUUUGCAUAAGAUGCAAAUGCUGGAAAUGAUCCGUAAAAGACAAGAGGCCCAAAUGGAGUUAAAGGAAAGUCUUCAUGGGGAGGCAAGAAUUAAUAAGCAAAGUCCAAAGGACCAUAAAGCCAAGAAAAUCCUUCAAAGCACCCCAAGGAAUGAUGCCCAUCACCUUCUAACCAUGUUGCCUGAUGAAAUCUUGAACAGAGGUCCCGGUGAGCCAGGAAAUUCACAGAAUGCACAAUUUUUUAAACAUCCAUCAGUGAAUGACUACUGUCCCUGGAAAACUGGCAAAAUGGAAACAUGGCUUCAUGAACAAGAGACCCAGGGACGGCUUCUCUGGGACAGUUCCAGCUCUGACUCAGAUGAGUUGAGGAAAGAUGAGAAGAAGCCACGAGCACUGGUGAGGACCAGGACAGAGAGAAUCCCACUUUUUGAUGAGUUUUUUGAUAGAGAAUAAGAAUGCUAUUCAUUAAUCUAGAUACUGAGUGCAUUGAAAGUUUCCUUUACUCUCAAAAUCUUUCAAACUGAUAUAUGAAUUACUUUGAGGAAAGCAAAUCACUUUGGUAAAAAGAAAUGAUAUCUUUAGAGUCUUAUCAUUAACAAGCCUGUUAUGUGUGCUAUUGCUGCCUAACUAAGUGCCUCAAAACAUAGGGACUAACCCACAGCCAUUUAUCAUCUCACUUUUCUGUGGGUUGCUGAGCUCAGCUAGGUGGUUCUUCUGCUGUUCCCUUUUGAAAUCCUUCAUAUUAUUGAAAUUGAACUACAGUUUGGACAACUAGGACUGGAGUAAUCUGGAGUCCCGAUUAGGACACUGAGAUAGCUGGACCUUGCUCCCUAUUCAUAUAGUCUCAGCGCAUCUUCACAUGAUUUCUUUAGCAGGACACUGCAGAGAUUCCUCUCAUAUAAGCCCAGGGACCCCAAAAACAAUUGUCCCAAGAGAAGGAAAUGGAAG